AUGAUAGAUCACGUCCUGGGUAGGCCAUCUACCCAGUUUCGCAAGAUCCAGGUCUUUUCUGUGGUUUUCUUCUGGAUUCUAUACCUGAUAAGAGGCAACAGACAUGGCCCGCCCGGAGCACGGUUGAUAUCCUCUCGCCUCUUCAAGCGGAUGACCCCAUGGCAAACCACGGUUAUGACGAUGUUGACCCUCUAUCUAUCUCGUAACUUUGCCAAACUCGUCGGGCUAGAGUGUCCUGAACCUCUGGCAAAUCUGUAUUCUCGAUCAUAUUUCCGCGCCACGUGGAUAACUACAGCUCUGGACGCGGGAUUCUGGACCGCGAUGAAUAUAAAACGAAAGUGGCUGCGUGACCUGGCGUCCUUCAUUUUCUCGAUAUAUUACCUCAUCGCUGCGGAGCAGGCGGAUGAAAAGGUACGCAAGGUCCGGGCCGUGCUAACGGUGGACCACAUGCGUGUGUCGUGGAAUAAAGCCACUACGCCGUAUCUAUCAUUUAUCGCGGGGUUGCUGAGGCCUCGAUUCUGCAAGUAUGAUCCUAUCGCGGUCAGAAUCCCCAGGCCGAAGGAGUCAUCGUAUAAAGAGCCAAGUAGUGCAUGGCUGUACUUCAACGGACCCCUGAGUGCGCUGAGAAACCAAGAUACCAUUGUACUGGACAUUCCGGGUGGUGGAUUUGUGGCGAUGAAUCCCAGAACAAGCGAUGAUAAGCUGCUUACCUGGGCCGGGAAGACGGGGAUCCCGAUCCUCAGCUUGGAUUAUAAGAAGGCACCAGAGCAUCCUUAUCCUUAUGCUCUGAAUGAAUGUUAUGAUGUGUAUCACACCAUUGUUAUGACAAAGGGACGGUGUAUUGGGUUAAGUGGGAAGACAUGUCCAAGGAUCAUACUCACGGGCGACAGCGCGGGUGGAAACUUGGCGACGGGCCUGACCUUGAUGCUCCUUCAGUCCGGUAGCACGGACUCAAGAAAAUGGAGAGGCGAAGAUUUUUUACCCGUGCCAGCGGGACUGAUCUUGAUUUAUCCGUCCCUUGAUAUGAAUAUUGGAAGCUGGAUGACAGAUGAGCAGAUGUCGCUGAUUCGAGAUCGAGGCAUGAGGAAGACAAACCAAAAUGUCCUGAGGAGGAAGAGCGAGGAUUAUUACAAGCUGGCCCCUUCAACUCCCCAUCCUUCCACGGAGGGUCUGGAAGACCAUUCAGUUCUGCGAGACUACUUCGCCAAACAGCAUGGUUCGCUCGCUGGCGAUGUUGAGUCUGCCUCUCUGUCCGCCGCAGAAAGGAGCGAUCCCACCAUCGAUAAGCCAGUGCCUGGAAAUGUCGCAUCGCAGGUCGUCGCCAUGGCAGAUAAACAGCCUCAGCAAAUUAGAACUCGCCUUGCCGUCUCUUCUAUGAUCUCCUACUUCAACGAUCGAGUCCUCACCCCAGAAAUGAUGCGCGCAAUGAUAAUAUUAUACAUCGGGCCAUACAACCGCCCUGACUUUAGCACUGAUUUCCUUCUUUCCCCUCUCCUCGCUCCCGAAGCCCUUCUUGCACGUUUUCCAAAGACGUACUUCCUGACUGGCGAACGGGAUCCGCUCGUUGAUGACACCGUGAUUUUUGCGGGUAGAAUCAGGCAAGCCAAACUUCAUCGCUUCCGGGAACGUCAAGAGCUUGGUUUGGAGAAGUCAAAAAUGGAAUUUGACGAGAAGGCACAUGUGGAAGUCACCCUUAUCCCAGGAAUCUCUCACGGCUUCUUGAACUUUGUCUCGGUCUUCCCAGAGGGAUGGAAGCAAGUAUUCAGAUGCACAAAGUGGAUUCUCGAUAUUCGCGCCAACGCCGCCCGGGAAAAUGCCGAGAGGGAGAGUAAUGCUUCGACAAGCUCGCUUGCGGGCAGAAGGCGUGCAGCAUCGGAAGCGGUGAGAAGGCAGCCCGGAAUUGUGUCGACCAACCAGAACGUGCCUGAGGGUAAGGACGCGGGCGAAACACGGCACCAUCAUCGCCGUCUAACCGGCGAAUCGUCCGCCGAUGAAGACGGACCGUUGGAGAUGAGCAUUCGAAUGACCAAGAUCCACUCUUCAUCCUCUUCGUCAUCAUGCUCCUCGUCAUCUUCUAAAAGACGAGAUUCGACGUCCCCGCCGACCGAAGUCCUCGACGAUACGGAAGCUACCAACAGCGCCGACGCGAGCGGAACGCGUGCGAAGUCGAGCCGAAAGACGAAAUCGAGCAAGUUGAAGCAUCCUGUCCUGUCGUUGAAGCAAGAGAAGCGCGCGAUGCGGAUAAAUAGGCAAGACAGCUUGACCAGUUUGCCCAGCGAAGAAGACCUGUUGCACAGACGGAUGAAGGGAUUGGCUGGUGGUCUGAUGGGGAUCGGGGAGGAAGCGAGAACGCCAUGAUGAAACGAGCGUGAAGCGGCGGUUGGAUAUAUUUUGAUAGCACAUAUAUACGUAGAUUAGAUUCCGUAUUUAAUGCUUUUUCAGUUCCCGAGA